AAUUAGCUUCAAUAAAUAAAGUAAUUCAUUUUCAGCCGUAAUAUCCUGCUCUGCUUUGUUUAAUCUGAAGAUCUUGGGUUUUAUUGAUUCGAGAGAUACGGUACCGACAUGUGACUGCCGUUACCGUUGCCGGGUGGUGUGCUGAACGGACGGAUACCUGAGAGCGCGGCCCGGCGGCCGACCGUCGGCAGCCAUGGGCUGUCCGCGCUCUCGGCGUCAGCUGGCCUUCUGCUUGGCCAUGCUGCUGCUGCCCUUCUCGCUGAUCGUGCUGCUCAACCAGCCAGAUCCUUCGGACUGUACCGGCAGGGGUCUUCCGUCAGGGAGUGAUAAAACAGUGGACACCCGGCUGGAACGGACGCUGGUUCAGCAGCUGGCGGAGCUGCGCCAGCGCGUGCAGCACGCCGAAAUGACCAACAGGGAGCGGCGGAAAGACGUGAUGGUGCUCAACAGACAGCUGGACACCUACGGCGCCGCCGCUGUGAAAGCGCCGUCCCAGCAGCAGCAGCGGCAGCAGGAGGAGGGACCUCCAGUGCUACCUCCGUCGCAGCAGCAGCUGGCGCAGCUCGCGCCGCCACAUGAGCUGAACGACACGACGACCCCGCGAGGUCGGACGGUGCCCGGAGCGCUGCCAGCAGCUGUUUCCGGGGUGCCGCUCACUCAUCUGCAGGAGAUCAACAGCGAUAUGGAGGUGCCCGGUCUUCUCACCUACCUACCGCACCUGCUGGGCCGGCCCGACGCGCUGACACCGGCGCUACACGUCAGUCAGGGUCGGCGGGACGUGACUGUGGUCAUGGGACUGCCCACAGUCAAACGUGAGGUGCAAAACUACCUCAUAUCGACACUGAAAAACCUCAUCGACUCUAUGUCUGAGUCGGAGAGGCUGGAGACGCUCAUUGUUGUCUUCAUUGCCGAGA